AAAAAAAAGAAGCUGGCUAACAGGCUCCUGCUGCUGCUGCUGCUCCUCCUGGUGCUGGAGUGUACAGUGUCCUUCGCCUGCACACUGAAUCACGUCUUGCAUAGUCGCUGUCUGUUUUAUUUGAUAAAUAUGUCUACUACCACCGGCGGCGGAGAGUUCGGCAAUCCUCUGCGAAAGUUCAAGCUCGUCUUUUUGGGCGAGCAGAGCGUUGGGAAGACUUCUCUGAUCACCAGGUUUAUGUAUGACAGCUUUGAUAACACCUACCAGGCAACAAUUGGCAUUGACUUUCUAUCAAAAACCAUGUACCUAGAAGAUCGUACGGUUCGGCUGCAGCUGUGGGACACUGCAGGGCAGGAGCGCUUUCGUAGUCUCAUCCCCAGCUACAUCCGUGACUCCACUAUCGCUGUAGUGGUGUAUGACAUUACCAAUCUUAACUCCUUCCAGCAAACUUCAAAAUGGAUAGAUGAUGUCAGAACAGAGAGGGGAAGUGAUGUCAUUAUCAUGCUGGUUGGCAACAAAACAGACUUGGCUGAUAAAAGACAGAUCACCACGGAGGAGGGCGAGCAGAGGGCUAAGGAACUGAAUGUCAUGUUCAUUGAAACCAGUGCAAAAACUGGCUACAAUGUCAAACAGCUUUUUAGACGUGUUGCUGCAGCCUUGCCUGGGAUGGAUAGCGCACCAGAGAAAAGCAAGGAGGACAUGAUUGAUAUCAAACUGGAGAAAUCUCCUGAACUGCCGGUGACUGAGAGCGGCUGCUCAUGCUAGUAACCGCUCCAGACUCACACCAGCUCAGCCUCCUCCCCACCAACAGCUUGUCUCUCAGUGGCCCUGUGCCAUUAGUCAGAGCCUUUUAUUUCCCCUUGACUCAGUGACUUUUCGGAGUAACCGUGUGGAUGUGCUAUUACUCUGUAUUAAAACAGAUUAUCAAAAAUAUAUAUGUUAAAGGAAAAACAGUAAAGAAAUUUAAGCAUAGGUUAUACCCUCAUUGGAUUCAUGUCUAUCCUGACUGCAUGGCAUUGUGUAUGAUUGCAGAUUGACACGGCUCAAUUGCUCUUGCACUUUUUUUUUUGAGCAUCAGUGCCGUCACGCUCAUCAUCAUCAUCAUUUGUUUCAGAUUUCCUAACUCACUUUUGUUGGACCUAGAUCCUCAUCUCAUAAUGCCUUGCUAUUUCAUUUCAGCGAACAGAAAGGCAAAGGCAAACUAAAUAGCAUUGUUUAUUGAUGAACUGUAAGCGUGUGUUACUGAUGAUUUUUUACAAUUAUAGUUUUGACAAUUUUGUUUUUCAUAUGACAGCUGAAGGGCCAGUUCUAACAUGGAUAUUGAGGGACCUCUUCAAGCUCUAGAUGAUUGUGAGGGUAAAAAGUCUCACAAUAUGUUUAAAAAAAAAAAAAAAAUUGAACAAGCCUAAAAAAAAAAAAAAAAAAUUGUAAUUGAAUGUUAAUGAAUUUGGUGUUAGGGAUCAGUACAAUUAGAGUCUUUUGUUUCAGGGUAUAGGUGUUGGCCAAAGAAGACUUGAUAUAAAUAGGAUCAUUUUAGACACACCUCUGUAUUCUGGUCAGACUCUUUAUCUCUUUCUCACCCUUUUUACACACUUCAUUGGUAAAUUGCAUGGAAUUUGAAUACACCUAGCUGGGGGUGAAAAGCUGUGGAUAUACAUUCAGAAGAUAUUCUAGAUACAUGGGUUCUUUAAACAUGCACCCUGUAUUCUAACUAUCUAUAAACUGUAAUUAUGAAACCUCAUUAACUGUAAUUAAUGAAUACCUAGAUAAUACCUGGAUGGUUCUUGGAAGCAAGGGAAUGAAUUACACACUAGUGGGUGUACUGAAUUUCAGCAGCUGCAUCUGGUGUCUCUGUGCUCGCUGCACUCUUUUCGCCUUGUGUUCAGUAAACCAUUGCAGGACCAGCAUGCUAUCUAAGGGUGCUUUAAACAGAAAAGGCACCAUCAUUGUGGUUUAGAGAGGCCUGCUGAUUUGCAUAAAGCUCCAGAGGUUUCUGUUGAGUAUAUGAAUUUUUUUCCCCCCUUAUGCACAGCUAUUGCUUAGUGUAGAGAACUGUCUUGAAGAGUUUAACCAUGUGUUGCUAAUGCUCAUUUUAAGACUGUUGGUUUUAUAUGUUAAUUUAUUUAUCUCACUAAGAACUGAAAAUGUGUUGUGUGCUUGGCCUAAAUGGCAGUUAUUAAACACUUGGGAAACAGUCAGCUGAUUUAUGGCUUGCAUUUCUGCUUUGGCUACUGCAUCACAGAGACCUGGUUGUGUAAUUUUCUCCUCACUAUGCUCAUUUUCUCUCGGUUGUAUGCUCUGUGUGUAGUUUUAAGGAUCUGGCCAGGCUGGAUCUAUAGUUGUGUACAUGCACUUAAAUGUACAUUCUUUGACAGCACCACUACACAGCAAGCUUGUUUUGAAAUAUUAGCCUUUGACAUUGUUUCGAUAUGUAAGUAUUUAAUUACAAGAACCAUCUCUCCUGAACAGCUGUACACUUAUUGUCACUGAUUGAAUACUCCGCUGUGUGCUGUUCUGAAGUGUUUGUCUAUUUGAAAUAUGCUGUCUUACUAGUGUUUAGCAAAAUUUAUGUGGGAAAAAAAAUGCAUUAUCUGCUGUAAAAAUAAAAAAAAAGUUAAAGAAACACUGAAGUGUAUCACAUGGAAUAAAGAUAUUUCACCAAGCGUUAAA